CCGGAUCAUAUAUAAAUCUCCAACUUUCCAAAAAUCACAAACAUUUUUAUGAUUAUUCAUUCUUCUUUCGGGAAUCCAAAAUAACCUGCAAACAAAAAAAAUAUGAGUACAGGGGAGCUUUUGAACGUCGAACCCACGGAGCUCAAAUUCCCAUUUGAGUUAAAGAAACAGAUCUCGUGCUCUCUCCAGUUAUUGAAUAAAACCGAGAAUCAUGUAGCAUUUAAGGUGAAGACAACAAAUCCAAAGAAGUAUUGCGUUCGGCCGAAUACUGGUGUAGUUAUGCCACGAUCAACAUGUGACGUAAUAGUUACCAUGCAGGCUCAGAAGGAAGCUCCUCCUGACAUGCAAUGCAAAGACAAGUUUCUACUUCAGAGUGUAGUUGCAAGCCCAGGAGUAACCCCAAAGGACAUUGCCCCGGAAAUGUUUAGUAAGCAGGCAGGACGUGUUGUGGAAGAGUGCAAAUUGAAAGUGAUAUAUCUUCCUCCACCCCAACCACCUUCACCUGUUCCUGAGGAACCUGAUGAAGGGGCACCUUCACCAAAGGUGUCCUUCACAGAUGGUGGGAUUAAUACUAAUACAAAAACUUCUGAUCAGGUUUCAAGACAAUAUGUGGAUUCUGAUGAUAAUUCCUCAGAGGCAAGAUCUCUCAUAUCACAGUUGACUGAUGAGAAGAAUGCUGCUGUCCAACAAAGCAACAAAAUUCGACAAGAAAUGCAACUGUUGACGCGUGGAGGAAACAACAAAAGCCAAGGGGGUGGUGGUGUUUCAUUCAUUGUCGUUAUUGCCCUCGCCUUGAUUGGUCUAGCUGUUGGGUUCCUCAUCAAGAACUGACUCUUCCCUUAAAUUUUUUCAAAAUUGAUGUAUGAAGGUGAAGAAAUGCAUGAGAUUAAUGUUUAACAAUUAUUUACCCUUGACAUAGUCUUCUGGGGUUAGAAGAGAACUUUGUGUAGGUAGUUUUGUUUCAUAUUUGUUUCCAUCUCC